CAACGAUGCACACGCGCUGCUCGCUGGAUAAAUCCACGUCUCCUCCUGUUUUACACCACAGCUGUGUGAUUACCUCCAACUCUGGAUAUUGUUCAUAGCUCCAGACGACUCACGGACUGAAGCCCAGCCCUGGAACCCGGCUGCCGUCCUUCAGCAUCGCCUUUUCAGUCGCAUCCAUACGGCUCUUCCCCACUCUUUUCUGCUAUCACUUAUUAUUCUGUCCCUCCCGGUCUCUGCCCUUCUCUCUUUCUCUCUCCACCCCCACCCCUUCCCAACCCUCAGCCUCCCCAAUGCCUAAGAACAGCAAGGUGACACAGCGCGAGCAGAGCCAUGAGCACGUCACAGAAUCAGUGGCUGACCUGCUCGCACACGAGGAGCCGAUCGACUACAAGAACAGUUCCCUGAAUGUCGGAGCGGCCGCGGGGAAGAAGGUCCCCCAGUUGCCCGAAAACGAUGGGCGUCCCGCCUGGAACAGCAAACUGCAGUACAUCCUGGCCCAGGUGGGCUUCUCUGUGGGCCUGGGGAACGUGUGGCGCUUCCCUUACCUGUGCCAAAAGAACGGUGGAGGGGCCUAUUUGGUUCCUUACUUCAUCCUCCUCCUCAUCAUCGGCAUCCCACUCUUCUUCCUGGAGUUGGCGGUGGGUCAGAAGAUCCGACGUGGGAGCAUUGGCGUGUGGAACUACGUCUGUCCUCGUCUGGGUGGGAUAGGGAUGUCAAGUCUCAUGGUGUGUGGAUUUGUAGGCCUCUACUAUAAUGUCAUCAUUGGAUGGAGCAUCUUCUACUUUUUCCAGUCCUUCCAGUACCCGCUGCCGUGGAGCGACUGUCCCAUCAGAAGGAAUGGGACACUUGCCAUUGUGGAGCCAGAGUGCGAAAAAAGCUCCGCCACGACGUAUUUCUGGUACCGGCAGACUCUGAACACAACCAGCACUAUCGCAGAGAGUGGCGGCCUCAACGUCAAGAUGACGCUGUCUCUGCUUGUGGCCUGGAUCAUCGUCUGCCUAGCCGUCAUUAAAGGAAUCGCCUCCUCUGGGAAGGUAAUGUACUUCAGCUCUCUGUUCCCCUACCUGGUGCUGUUCUGUUUCCUGAUCAGGGGUUUAAUGCUGAAAGGAUCAAUAGACGGGAUCGCUCACAUGUUCACCCCCAAGUUAGAGAAAAUGUUGGAGCCGAAAGUGUGGAGGGAAGCCGCCACCCAAGUCUUCUUUGCCCUGGGUCUGGGAUUUGGAGGAGUCAUAGCCUUCUCCAGUUACAACAAAAUUGACAACAACUGUCACUUUGAUGCAGUGCUCGUCUCGGUCAUCAACUUCCUAACGUCCAUUCUGGCCACGCUGGUCGUGUUCGCCGUGCUGGGAUUCAAGGCUAACAUCAUGAACGAAAAGUGUGUCACAGAGAAUGGUGAAAAGAUCCUGGGAUACCUCAACUCUAAUGUCCUGAGUCAUGACCUCAUUCCUCCACAUGUGAACUUUUCCCACCUAACCACAUUAGACUACGCAGAGAUAUACGGGGUUAUCAAGACGGUGAAGGAGGACAGCUUUGCCCAGCUGGGUCUGGAGCCUUGUGUCCUGGAGGACGAGCUCAACAAGUCCGUUCAGGGCACUGGGCUGGCCUUCAUCGCCUUUACGGAGGCCAUGACCCAUUUCCCAGCAUCCCCGUUCUGGUCAGUCAUGUUCUUCUUCAUGCUUAUCAACCUCGGUCUGGGCAGCAUGAUAGGCACAAUGACCGGCAUCACCACACCUGUUCUGGAUGCCUACAAAGUACAGAAAGAGCUUUUCACAGUGUGUUGCUGCAUUGUGGCUUUCUUUUGUGGCCUGUUGUUUGUUCAGCGUUCAGGAAAUUACUUUGUCACCAUGUUCGAUGAUUACUCUGCUGGUCUGCCUCUCACUGUCGUGGUCAUCCUGGAAAAUGUGUCCGUUGCUUGGAUAUACGGCACUAAAAGAUUCAUGCAGGACCUGGAGGACAUGCUUGGUUUCCGACCAUGUAUCAUCUAUUUCUACCUGUGGAAGUAUGUCUCCCCUCUCUGUCUCCUCGUUCUCAUCUCAGCCACGGUCGUAGAGAUGGCUAUCAGCCCUCCAGGAUAUAACGCUUGGGUUCAAGAUCUGGCUCAGGAGCGUUUCCAGAGCUACCCUCCCUGGGCUCUGGCCAUGUGCUUUUCUCUGAUCGUAGUUGCCAUGCUUCCUCUGCCCAUCGUCUACAUCGCCCGGCGCUUCAACUUGAUGUCAGAUGGCUCCAAUAAACUGUCUGUGUCCUACCGUAAAACCAUGAUGAAAGACAUGUCUAUCCUUGAAGAGCAAGAAGAGGGCAGAUUUAUUCUCGGUGCCAAGCCCGGCGAGGCACCGUCUUCAGUUCAGACACGCAAACCCUUCCUGACUCCAGGGGGGAACAAAACCCUCGACCCCAACUCUUUGUCCCCAAACAUCUGCUAUGGCACAAGCUACCAAAACGCCGCCAUAAGCCCCACCACACCAACGACUCCAACUACGCCUGUCACUCCAGAGUCAGACUCUUGACUGUUUCCAGCCCCGACAAACACCCCUCUGACACCCAGCCCUUUAGCACACUUUACUUUUCAGCCAUAAAGUCCCCACAAGGGGUCACUGCAACACCGAGGACUCCCGUCACUGCCCCACUAAUGCCACAAGCAGAGUAAAACAACUCAGUUCAACUGUGAGCACAAGCCUCAACAACUGGAAAAGAUGUCCAGGGUCUGUCUAUGUUGUCCUGCGACUGGACCAGUGGCCCAUUCAGAGAUACGUGCUGAGAAGCAAGAGAAUUAACACAAAGGUUGCUUGUUAUGCUUGAUAAACUCAUCUUUAUAUUUUUAAAACAUGCUUAUGUCAAUAUGAGGAAAAUCUGUGAUCUGUUCUUCUUUGCCUUAGUCUAAAGAACCUCAGCAGACGCAAUGCCCCUUUCUGCAGAGGUGCAGGGAUCUGAAAGCAUGAAUGUAGUGUAUGCUGUGGCUGGAGCCAUGACGGGCUUUUGUUUAGCAUGAUGGUACGAGAGAACUGAGAUACGUGUGAAUAUGAUUAUUUUCAAGUUGUAAAAACCUCUCAGUGUUUGCAUUGGUCUCCCUCUUCAGCAAUACUAAGUUUCAAAGCCAUAAGCAGCAUUACACUGACCAAGUUAUUAUCUUUUAGAAAUGAUGCAGUUCGUCUGACUUGAGCGUAGACAUACACAUCUGGAUCUUUGAUCGUCUGAUCUUAGAAAAAAGGUUGUGUGAAUUUGUCUAUGCAGGAUUCUCUGUAUUGUGAAACACUGAAGGCUGCUUUAAAGAGAAACCCAAAGCCGACCCCAUGUAGUUUAUGUGUAGCCACUAUUGUUUUUAUUGUACAGUAAUGUCAGGUAUGGUAAUGUAAUCUAAGAAUAUACAGUGUUUGUUAACUAGAGAACAAAGACACAGAUAUAUUAUGUAGAAAAUCACUUAUUUCAGUUUCUCCACCGAGUACAAAAAUAAAUAACAAAACACUUGAAUUCUAGCACAGGAAAUUAGACUCGUGCAAAAUCACACUGAAAGUGAACUUAGACUUAAUUUGUCAUCAGAUACAAAAAAAACUAAAAACAUCAGCUAUUUCUUAUGCAACCAAAUGUUGUUGCUCAGCUUCCAUAUACAUCAACAGUAAAACUACAACUAAAAGGAUACACAGUAUAAAGCAGAGAUAUCGUAGUAGCAGUGGCUGUGUGGAUUAUUGCAAUUAUCUGGUGGUAGAGCGGUGGUAGAAUUAAUAUAGUCUUAUUUACAGGGGUCAGAAAAAUAUUGCACUUAAAUGUAUCUUAUGUACAGAAUAAACAGAAUGAGCAGAAACAAAGUGGCAGCAGGUUGGGGUUAUUUGGCAUUUAGCAGGUUGAUGGUUAGGGGGCAGUAACUUAGUGAAUCUGGUUGUUGUGGAGCGGAUGCUACGGGACAACAGAGAGAACAGUCCAUGGGUGGGGUGGGUGAGCUCUGGAUGAGCAGCGGCAAGGAGCCUGUUUGAAACUUAACAGAAGGAGUCACAUGUGGUCAUAUGUUUUAGUAACAGGAAGCACAGUUUAUUCACAAGGAUUUGAAGCAAACAUCCAGUUUUCUUAUUCAAUGCUACAAAAGCACAAAAGAGAUGAUUGUGGACCUUGAUUGUUGUAUUAUUUAAAACGAGACACACAGGAAGGUGAGAUUAGCGACACUCGUCAAAUCUGUCCUGUACAGUAAAAUAUAUCCUUAAUCAAAUAUCUUUAUUAGAGCACAAAACAAAGAAAAUGCACAAACUAUGUUCACUAUGACCAAAACAGCAUGAACUUUGAUGGACCAAAAGAUUUUCAAACCUUCAGAGAAGGAAUCCAAAUUAUGUCAACUCGUCAGCUGACUUGAAAGUUUGCACUCCUGAAAGCCUUAGACUCCUCACGUGCACUGACUGAAACAUGCAUGUUCACAAACAUGCCGCUCUCUGUAUAUCUGCAGAAUACCAAACAUCGUGAAGUGUUGUGGGGUACAGGUGAGAAGGAUGUCUUGGCGCUAACAUUUUCUACACAGUGACAGUGAAGAGUUGCA